AUGGCCUCUGAUGACCACCCGUUUGUUGCAGAUAACGUCUCCAACAGCCCUAAACCGACUCGCCGCAGCCCGCAGCCCGCCCCGCGCCGCUGGGAUGCGCUGCCCGACGAGGAGCGAGCCGACACCUACAUCCCAGGCGGCCUGGGCUGCGUCCUGCUCGGCUACGAAGAUGCCCGGGAGAGCGGCGGCAGCACUGGGGACGGGGCAGCCGGCGGCCCCCCGGGAGCCCAUCCCGCCGCCGCCGGGGCGAUGCUGCUCGAGCCRCCCGGCAAGCGCCCCGUUGCGCGCUCCAAGAUUAAGUUCACCACGGGCACGUGCGGCGAGGCGGCCGUGCACAGCUGCGAGCUGUGCGGCAAGGGCUUCCGCCUGCAGCGCAUGCUCAACCGCCACGUCAAGUGCCACAGCCAGGUGAAGAGACACCUGUGCACCUUCUGCGGCAAGGGCUUCAACGACACCUUUGAUCUCAAGAGGCACGUCCGGACCCACACUGGAAUCCGCCCUUACAAAUGYGAGGUUUGCAACAAGGCCUUCACCCAGCGCUGCUCCCUCGAGUCCCAYCUCAAGAAGAUCCACGGCGUGCAGCAGCAAUACGCCUACAAACAGAGGCGAGAUAAACUGUACGUGUGCGAAGACUGCGGCUACACGGGCCCUACGCAGGAGGACCUAUAUCUGCACGUUAGCAGCGUCCACCCCGGAAGCGCUUUCCUGAAGAAAACCUCCAAAAAACUUGCGGCAGUUUUGCAGAACAAACUGAGCCCGGUCCUGCAGAGGAACGUCAAAGGCGACGACAAAGAUGAAUAACGCAGUGGAUUAUAGCGGUCUAAGGGAAUGAAGUUUACACGUAGGAACUAUAUAUGUAUCUAUAUAUCUAUAUAUUAUUUUUUUAAAAACACUUUUGCGAGAAAUCCCUGAAAUUGCAGGGAUGCUCUUUGUUAGCAGGACUCUGUUGAUUCCGACAGAACUUCCACUUGAAAGAACUAUUCCCACGUGUGAUGCAAACAUCUCUUUUUUUGUUCAAGAAACAGAAAGCUUGGAAGAGGCCACGUCACCUGCUCAUGGAGAAUUUGUUGAACUGGCCUUCAGGGAAACCCAUUUUUUGCUUCAGCUCUACCACCUGGCUGCGUGGCAGAUAAUUUCGCCUUUUCUUGACACAAUAUCCCAAGGAGCUUCGGGUGGAAGGAGCCACGUAGGAGCAGCUAUUUCUGUGUUAUUCUCAGAUGASAAAAUCACUAAAACGGUCUUUGGGAGAGGAGCACAGAUUAACAGUAAAUGAAGUUUAAAUGCACAGUGAAUCCCAACUCUAUCCUCCCAGGCAGUAAAGUCUUGAUUUAUGGAUCUGUAAGCCAAGGUGAGCUGAAAGAGAUUUGCUUUUUAAUUAAGGAUGCAGAGUUUUUCUCCUACACUUUCUCUUCCAGGUAGUGACGUUAUUUGAGGGCAGAGUUUUGGUCUCAUUCUGAGGUAUUUCAAGCUGUGAACAUAUUUUAUCAUGUUUAGAUUUAAAUGUGAYUUUAGCUCUGACUCUCCUGGGCUUGUCACCCUGGCUCUGGGGAUUCCUGACGCAUUCUUUUAAUCUACAUCAGAGCCAGAAACCCAAAGAAAACACGUCUAAUGACUUGAAUAUAUGUAUUAUCCGUCGCGAUGACAUGCAGUUUUCAGUUUAUUUUAUGCUGUGUUUGUGUGUGCGCGUAUGUGCAGUUUGGGAUUCUUUUUUCCUCUUUGUUAAUGAACGAUCAAGUGCCUGUUGACCGAAAYGACAAAGCAGCACAAAGCAAUUUGGAGGGAGCCUCCAGCUGCCUCUGUGUGUGUGACCCCCGUGCGGGUGACUCUGGCCUCUCAUUUUCACUGCCUCGUGGCAGCAGAGGCUUUGGGUGCAAGCGGUGCCACGAGGCAAAGAGGCGAUGAUGACGAUGAUGGUGAUGAUGAUGAGUGGUCCUACGGCUCCAUGCUUUUAGGAUUCACCUGCAUCCCUGCUGCAGCUCCUGUGGAGCACCCAGGAGCACCAAGAUGGGGAGGACUGAGAGCAGAUUUAGUGAUGAAAAACAUAAAAUGGAGGAGGCUGAGACCUCCUGAGGCACCUGAGGGUGCUUUAGGUGCUGCUGAGCUGCURCAGUCCUGCCCGGGCGCUUGGCUGUGCUAGGACGGACAAGGGUGGGGUGGUAACGUCCUCAACAAGCUCAAGUUAUGCCAGUCCAAGC